CUCCAAUUGUACUCUCCCGGUAGUCAUCGAACUGGUUCUUAACAAAUCGAAGGACAAGACUGCCAUUGUUGCGUGUCAGCAAGGCGGUGAGGUGUUAGGGUCCACAACAAUCAUGCACCUGGACUUCCCCACAGCCGAUUCGCCUGUUCGGCGAAGCCUUAUUAGCGCGUUGCGAAGUCCCGCAUAAUCUACACAACACCUUACCCAGAAGAACAAGCUUGAACGACUGUUGCGAACGAUUCAUGAUGUGACAAUUGCAAGGAGGAACGAAUCACGGCUGUUUGCUUCCGAGCACCUGACACCAACUCUUUUUUCACCUCCUCAGUAUCCCAACUUUCUUCUCCUGUGCUGUCCACACGUCACACGGAAGUCCUAGCACAUCGAAAGACCAAAAGCUGAGCUACUCUGAUAGCUGAGAGCGAAAGUCCUGCCAGACUCAAUGCACCGACACCAUCCUUAUGGGAACGCUUCGUACGAUGAAAGACGCCGUUCGAUGUCACCUGUUCCUAGAUACUCUCGUUCUGAUCGUGGAGGCUACAGCUCGGGAUAUCGCGGUGGGUCGCGUGGCGGGGGGCGUGGCAGAGGCCGCGGCAGCCAUAGCACUGGAAGUUAUGAUUCUGGUCCUCCAGUCUCAACUUAUGAUUACGAGAACAAUGGUUAUAAUGGAAGCGACCGCUAUGGCUCAACCCCAUCCACAUUCGGAUCUUAUGGUGGACCUCCACCUCCUGGUCCAGGUAGUUAUAGUGCUCCUGCGCCCUAUAGCAAUUCUCACUACGACGACGACUGGCAUGAAGACCGUUCUCGAGGACCACCACCACCAAGACGUCGCGAAAGGGAAGAUAAAGUACAUGAUGCUAUCAUUGAGGAGCGUAUAAAUAGAGAGAGACCUUGCCGUACUUUGUUUGUGCGAAAUAUUAAGUAUGAGUCAGAUAGCAGCGCCAUUCGGAGACAAUUCGAGGAACAUGGGCAGAUACGAACAUUCUUUGAUCUGAUCCACACUCGGGGAAUGGUCUUUGUCACAUACUAUGAUCUCCGAGCGGCUCAAGCCGCUAGGGCGGCAAUGCAAGGCAGAGAAGUCUCCGGACGACCGAUUGAUGUCCACUAUAGUCUUCCUCGCGGGGACGAGCGCCAGCAGCGCUGCGACCGUGAAAAGGCACAGGGUACCCUACUUGUGACACUGAGGAAUUCUAAUCAGGUAAUAGAUGAAAACGAGGUUAGACGUAAGUUCCAGCAGUUCGGCGAUGUCAAAGCUGUGCGCAUUGUCCCUGGUCGUUCGGAGUACGUUUGGACUUCGCCAUUUCUUAAAUCGUCCAACAGCUCAUUCCCUUCCACCAGCCAACGCCUGGUUGAGCUCUAUGACACCCGUGCUACAGAACAAGCCUUCGAUGCUAUGAGACACCAAGGAUUGCAAGAUGGCGUAAUGGACCUUGAGUGGGCAUGGGACGUCCUUGAUGAUCCAGUUGUCGAACAACCAGCGCCUCCGCCACGUUCGACUGGAAGUUAUCGAGGUUCGGAAGACUCAUACAACAGAGAUAGACCUUCUCGUGGUCCUCCCCGUGGUCGUGGCGGUAGAGGUGGCGGCCCUAGCGGACGCGACGAUGAUUACUACGACCGGCGUGAUCGUGACCCUUACCCCAGUGGCGAAAGUAGCUGGGAUGAUGACCGUCCAUAUGGUGGCAGGGGUGGAGGACGAGGGCGUGGAGGGCCGCCUUCAGGAUCUAGUCGUGGCGGGUAUGGCCAGGAUAGAUAUGAGAGUAGAGACACAUAUGACCGCUCAUAUACUGCACCACCCCCACCAGCGCCUGCAACUCAGGUGGACGAUCGGCUAGAACAAGCACGAAAAGUACAGCAGUUGCUUGCUGCUCUGAAGAACCCCCAAGACCUGGGGGCUCCUGCGCCUCCCGCCGCUCCCACAACGCCUCAAGCGGCCAAUAGGGCGCCUGCCGCUAGCUUUGGUUCCCCCAACGGUCCAGCAUACAACGGCGCCUACCAUCCGCCGCCAUCAGCAACGCAACCGUGGUCUGGUGGGCCUUACGCGUCAGCAGGAACAAAUGCAUCUCCGGCAGGUCUUCCGCCGGCUGUAUUGGCACUUCUGCAGCAAACUACGCCAGCGGCUUCGACAGGCUCCAUCCCUUCACUUGAAUCAAGAGGGUCUUACUAUCCCGGUCAACAGCAUCUUACAGUGCCCCACCACCAUCCAUACCUAGUUCAGUCCCACCCCCUGCUCCAGCUGCACCUGCAGGAGCGCCUGCGGCCCAAAACCCACAGGCCAUGCAACAGCUCCUGGCACUUCUUGCUGCCCAGCAAAAACGAUGAAGUAUAUUCCCUCUCCCUGUGCGACACCUUGCUAAUUCAAGCUACCAACUGGCGUUUACGUGCUAUUAUUUUCGAAUUCUGUGGUUUGAGCAAGCUCCUUGAUUGCGAUUGUGUAUUUAUCGGAUGGCUGGUGAUAUCUGUGCUUGCGAAGCGGGUUUAGCUAGUUGCCUAAUCGGAUCUGGCAGUCAUUUCGUCAUGUGCCUGCAUGAUGUCAUAAUUGACAUUAAACAUCCUGUCGAUC